AUGGUGCAAUCAAGCACGGAAUCAAGCAAAAAGGUCAGCUCAUCUGUUCAAGAUAUUGGGCAGGAGAAGCCCCCAUUUGGAUCGAGAUUCCUGACGGAGGACGCUGAUGUCUGGAGUCAAAAUGCUUGGGACCAUGUACCCCCUCCAGAAGAUCAAGAGGAAACCAUUGCCAGAUCGCUCUCGAAACAACGUCAAAAUCCCGUGCCAUUGGAGGAGAAGCAAAAAUAUAACGAAAAGCCAGCGAAGCAUUGGGAUAAUUUCUACAAGAUGAACGCGAGCAACUUCUUUCGGAAUCGUAAAUGGCUUCACAACGAAUUCCCAGAGCUCAUCGACGCGACGCAGGCCGAUGCCGGUUCGAUAACCAUUACAGAACAUGUAGGCGCUGGAAACUCCGCCUUCCCCCUUCUCUCCGUAAAUCAAAACCCUGAAUUGCACUUGCAUGCCUACGACUACUCCCCUCAUGCCGUCAAGUUGGUUCAAAACAAUCCGCUUUACCUUCACCCUCCGCUUGGCACCAUACGAGCGUCUGUCUGGGAUGUCACCUCACCAGACGGCAUUCCCGCUUAUAUUUCUCCCGGCACUGUCGACAUCGUGAUCCUGAUGCUGAAACCAGGGGGUUUUGUCCUCCUUCGAGAUUAUGGGAGGCAUGAUCUCACGCAACUCCGUUUCAAGGGGGGUAGGAUGCUCGACGAGAAUUUUUAUAUCAGAGGGGACAAAACGCGUGUCUAUUUCUUUGAGCUAGACGAGUUGUCGCUGAUAUUCACCGGCAGAAGGGCCAAAGAAUGCGGGUGCACUUCAACCACAACCACAGAAGUAUCCCCAGAUGAGAACGGUGAAGAUGACUCCGUCAGUGCUCAAAGCACCGGAAUUGACAACGUUGCUGGAGCCCUCCAUGCUCUCUCUCUAUCAGAAUCCGAUCCGGUACUAGCGCAGUUAGAUGCCGACUCAGCCGCGACGCCGGUCACCGUCGCCAGUCGAGAGAGGAAGAGCACAUCUGUUGGAUCCCCCAAAGAGCCAAAUACGAUCCAUCCAAACCUUCUCUCACCCUUUACCAACUGCCUCCCACACCCACUUUUCACUGCAGAGCAGCUUGGUAUCGAUAGGCGCCUGAUCGUCAAUCGCAAGAGGCAGCUCAAAAUGUAUCGGGGGAUGGAGGAUGGCUUUGCGUCUUGA